CACUGUGCUGUGCAGCUGGCAAUGUGGACGUGCUCAAGGUCAUCAUGCAUGGAGUUCGCCCCCAAUGUGGAAGUGGGGGAUGAAGAUGGUGACAGACCACUGCAUCUCUGUGCUUACAGUUGGUGUGAAGUUCCAUGGUAGUCUGAGAUCACCUGCCCCCCUACUGCCACAGCUAGGGCACACAGAGAGGUGGUGAGCCAGUCUGAAAUCACCUGCCCCCCUACUGCCACAGGACACACAGAGAGGUGGUGAGCCAGUCUGAGAUCACCUGCCCCCCUACUGCCACAGGGCACACAGAGAGGUGGUGAGCCAGUCUGAGAUCACCUGCCCCCUACUGCCACAGGGCACACUAGAGAGGUGGUGAGCCAGUCUGAGAUCACCUGCCCCCUACUGCCACAGGGCACACUAGAGAGGUGGUGAGCCAGUCUGAGAUCACCUGCCCCCUACUGCCACAGGGCACACUAGAGAGGUGGUGAGCCAGUCUGAGAUCACCUGCCCCCUACUGCCACAGGGCACACUAGAGAGGUGGUGUACCCUACUCCCCUACGUUCUGGCAUUGCCACCCACCACCCACCCACAGCCUCUCUGCCAGUUGAAGUUAUGGAUAUUGCUGGAGCCACUGGCAGUGGUAGUGUGGGUGUGGCUAUUGAGCCGUGCUUCCUGUGUGAGGCUCCAGUGGACGUCAAGUUUGAGCCAUGCCGUCACGCUGUCAUGUGUGCAGAAUGUGCACAGAGAGCCAAGAGAUGCCCUAUUUGCAAAGCUGCAGUCAAGACUAUCUCCAAGCUGUCCAAGGUUUGUGUGAUGUGUAAUGAAGAGGAGGCCACAGCCACUGUCAAGCCAUGUGAUCACACCUUCUGUCCAGAAUGUGCCCGGAGGAUGAAGACAUGCUUCGAGUGUCCAGUGCUUAUUACUGCAAAAGAGGGACUACCCCCCGUCUCGGCCACCAGUGUCCAUCCGCUGGCCAGCCCUGACUCUGAAUCUAAUUGUCCUAUUUGUCUGACAGAGCCUAAGAACACGGCCUUCCUGUGUGGACACCAGACAUGCUGGGACUGUGCACAGAAGGUCGACCAUUGCCCCGUGUGCAAGAAGUUUGUGACUCAUAGAAUUCAGUUGUUUUAGUGACAAUUUAGUAUUUGUUUUGUUUAAUUGUUGUUCUUUCUUUUCUGACUUUGUCAUGCAGACUUUUUUGAGUUUAGGCGAUGUGUUUUAAGGUUUUAGGUACACGUGCAGCAAACAUUAGACAACUUUUGUGUGUAGUGUUAAUUGUUGUUUCGUUAUUUAUGUCAAUUGUUAGUUAUCAAUGAAUUAAUGGUAAUAGUAUAA